CGUCGCAGAACUCGCCGCUAGCCAGCAGACGCCGUAGCGCCGCGGGGACGACGACUCCGACAGAGGACGCGGCGACGAGGCUGGCGAACAGCUGCGAAGAGCUCGUCUCGUAGAAACGCGCACGGGAAGAGACCCACCACGCCUGCGAGCUGCGACGGCGACCAGUCCGCAACACGCGCAGCGCGUGUUGCCUCACACUUAGGGAAAGUCAGUUCGUGUCAUUCUGUCACUGUGCCUCAAUAGUAAGUAACUAAUUUGUGCACAAGUCGAAUUCAGUCUUACGCGGAAGGAAUGUGAUUUACACAGACAUUUGACAUGAAGAGGUUUAUUAAACACUUGUGAUUUUACUUCUGAUAUGAUUGACUGCUAACCAGUGACUACCUGUGAUCGUGUCCACUUAUCCACAACAUAUGUGUUACCUUUUCGGAACUGAUACGGAAUAAGCUCCACUAUUCUAUAUAAUACUGAGGAUUGUUGAGGCAGAAUGGUUUGACUCGUAUACCGAAUCACCUUGUGUCAAGAAAUAUCUAAGGACUCAAGUAUACUGAAAUGUGCUCCGUUUGUUUUACUUACGCAUAUAAAAGAGACAGACCACUCUUUGAAGAAAAAAUAUUAAGAAGCGUCACCAACAGUGUUGCGAAGCGCUUUACUUAACAAUCUUGGAGGAAACCUUACUGUUACAUAUAAAUACCCCAACGCAAUACAUUGAAUAAUUCCAUAGGUUUUAUACCAAGUGUCUUCAGCCAGACCUGCAAAAAUGUAAUCCAGACAUUCUUCCUACUACAGCACGAAGAUAUGAAGACAGUUAUGAGCAUGGACAUCUUCGUCGUGUAGUUGGAAUCGCCAAUCACCGACUGGGGAAACGCCCUCACUGCCUACCUGUUUUGCAAGCCGACAUCACCGAGGUCGAUAUUUCACUGUAAGGAGUCAAGACGAAACUCAUGUAACAGCAGAACCAACCUUGGUAUCAUCGUCAUCUAGUUCCUGUGAAGUCAUCUACAAAACAACCCGAUAAGAGAAGACGACGAGCUAGGCGGUGCGCUCAGCGCGGGGGCGGUCGCGGCGGAGGAGCCAUGGCCGAGGUGCCGGGGGUGCCGGGGGCGGUGCUGCUGCCCACGGCGGUGCCGUCGCUGCCUGGCGUCGCCCGCAACCUGUCCGUGCACAUUACGCGCAUCCUCAACUCCAGCCAGGUGAACCCGCACAUCUUCGACCAGUACAGCCGCAACCGCAAGCUAGACGACUCGGCCGCCUUCUACGGCCUCAUCGCCGCCUACUCGCUCCUCAUCCUGAUCGGCGCCGCGGGCAACUCGCUGGUGGUGUGCGCGGUGGCGCGCAAGCCCGCCAUGCGCACAGCGCGCAACAUGUUCAUCGUCAACCUCGCCGUCUCCGACCUGCUGCUGUGCCUCAUCACCAUGCCGCUCACUCUGAUGGAGAUCCUGACCAAGUACUGGCCGCUCGGCAAGCAGGUGUUCAUCUGCAAGAUGCUCGGCGCCUUGCAGGCGACUAGCAUUUUCGUCUCCACCAUCUCCAUUACUGCCAUAGCGCUCGAUCGCUACCAGGUGAUAGUGUACCCUACAAGGGAGAGCCUCCAGAAAGUGGGCGCCAUCGUCAUCUUGGGCUGCAUCUGGCUGGUGUCGCUCGUACUCGCGUCACCUAUGUUCAUCUGGAGGGCGCUCAAGAACCACGACAUCAACCUGCCCGACCUACCGUACAUCUCGUACUGCCUGGAGGACUGGCCCGUGGAACACGGCCGCCUCUACUAUUCGAUCUUCUCCCUCAUCGUCCAGUACCUGCUUCCCAUAAUCACAGUCACAGUAGCCUACUCGAGGAUAUGCCACAAGCUGCGAUACCGCUACGUCAAUUCGUCCAUCGCCAACGGUAAGAGCGGCAGCGGCGACGCUAAGGCUUCCUGCUCCACGCACACGUCCGUCAGGCGCAAGCCCAAAGACGACCGGCGGAUGAAGCGCACCAACUCGCUGCUCUACUCGAUCGCGCUCAUUUUCUGCAUCAGCUGGCUACCGCUCAACAUCUUCAACCUGGUGAUGGACCUGUGGAACCCGCCGGUGCACGACGAGCAGACGAUGAUCAUUUGCUACGCGGUGUGCCACAUGAUGGGCAUGUCGUCGGCGUGCUCCAACCCACUGCUGUACGGUUGGCUCAACGACAACUUUCGGAAGGAGUUCCACGAGAUCGCCGCCGCCGUCUGCCCCUGCGUCAAGAUGGAGGUGGUGCGCGAGCGCGUCGGCUCGCUGCGCUCCAGUAUGACGCGCCGCCGCCAUCGCCGCCAGGACGACGCACACUCCAGGCCUGCCACCGGCGUCGUGGCCGGCUCCACUGGCCGCACCUCCAGUCGACGGAGCGAAGGUGGCGGCGGAGGCGGCAGCGCGCGCGGCGGCGGCGACUGCGGCAGCCUGGCGGCGUCGUUGUCGCGCAGGAGCCGCGGCGGCAGCGAGGAGGCGGCCGACACGGAGCAGACGGCGCUCACCUGGCGCCGCGGCACAGACACCACCGACAACGGGCUGGCGCAGGCGCUCGCCAUGCGCGAGACCACCGCGCUCACGCUGGACGACAAGUAGGCGGCCGGCUUGCAGAUUCCAAAGGAGAGCGGAUGCUGAGUGGUCGAACACGGAGUUUCCAAAUACCUCCUUCGACCCAGAGGUCUUGUUUCCAGAGUCUUCGUUCCGGACUGAUUGACUGCUCCAACGAUUUAAUUGUCAGUGUCGCAAAAAAGUGUAAAACGUAACACAGUGAACAAAGAUUUAUUUUCGUACGUAGUGAACUACAAGUCUAAAAGUACAAGUACAAUUGUAACAAAAAUCUCCACAUCAAAAGUGUUUUAAAUGCGUUAUAUGUGUGUGAUUGUAUCGUGGUGCUAUCCUCUUCGAUAGAUUCUUUUUCAGAGGCGAAGCCAACAACGUAGUUCCUCUCUUUGCAAAGAAUGCUUUGGGUACUCUAAGGUCUAGACAGACUCACAUACAUUUAAGAAUUGCGGCAUAUAUGUUCCGUUGUCAUUCUAGUAAGAAAAAGAAUUAGCCAGCCCCUACUAAUUCAAAUCCUUUUGAAAAUAUCUUUGUUCUAUACGGUUCGAAUUUGACUAGCACAUUAAUGUUCGGUCAGACGUUCCGUUAGCGAGAUCCAUAACCACUUGUCUUUGUAGCUGGACGCAGUAUUAUUGUGAUUGAUCUGUGUGUGACAACUCCUACGAUGGGCAAGUACAUUACGAUAUCGUCCCUUGCUCUUCUACCAACGCGCUCUGUAAUAUUUCACAGGAUUAGGCUAAAAAGAUGGACAGUAAUUUAGAAAAGAAAUUGUUUUUGUGUACCCGUAUUACUAUUGUGUGACGAAAGCUAAAUCGAGGAAAUUUAAACCCUUUAGUAUCCACAAACAGUUUUAUUAAAGACAUCCAUGAGACUUAGGUGUUUAUAACUACCUGUGUUAUGUAUAGUGUCGAUGUUACAGCUCACUCACUCCUUACUGUGAAAGACGACAGACUUUAAGCGUAUCAGUGACUCGCUCAGCUCGGGGACAGUUCCCGUAGCCGCAGUUAACAACUACAGGGUGCUGACCGAGCCCUUCUCUUUGCCGCAAGACGCGCCCCCUGGAGUUCAAUCAGAGCCCCAAGUGUUACACAAGAAGGGUUGAGCUCCAGUUCGACUCGCGUCUCCCGGCAGAGACGAAUAUUUUUGUAACUCCAUGCAUCCCCUUUACCCGCUUUGUAUCCUGUUUAUCGUGUAGCUACUUGAUCAGUUCGUUUUGAACUGUGUGUUGCGAGUGAAAUUACACUUUGAAUUUUAAGAAUGUUUUCGUCUCUAUAAAUGUGAAUAAUUACUAUGUAUAUACAGACGAUGUAUGUAAAUCUAUGUGUAUAAUUGUUAUUGAAAUAAAUGUGUAACUAUUUC